AUGUCGGGCGGCUGCCAGGCGGUGGUGUCUGCUGGAUGCAGCGGCGUGGCUGCCGCCGGUGCACCUGCCGCCGCCCACAGCGACAGCGGCCCCACCAGAAAACCUGCCGCCCUGAUCUGGUUUAGGAACGACCUCCGCCUGGCAGACCACGAGCCCCUGCACAGCGCGGCAGCGGACCUGCAGCACUGCUUGAGUCAGGGGCAGUCGCCCCUUCUCCUCCCCUUCUACUGCCUUGAUGAGCGGGAGCUGGCCCCCCGGGCUGGGGAGCUGCCGCAGGAGGGCGGCCUGGACAUCCCGCAGCUGGGGCCGCACCGCCUGAGGCUGCUCCUGGAAGCCUGUGCCAGCCUGCGGGCCGCCCUGCGGCGGCUGGGCAGCGACCUGCUGGCGGCGCAGGGCCGGCCCGAGGCGCUGGUGGGGCGGCUGGUGGCGCUGGCCGCCGCCGCCGGCAGCAGCAGCAUGGCGCUGCACCAUCACAUGUCCCCCGACGCCGCCUCUGCGGACCUGGAGGAUGCAGUGGCCGCAGCCUUUGAGGCGGCGGCUGCACGGCACGGGCUUCCCUGCAGCGUGCACCGCUACUGGGGCUGCACCCUAUACCAUCCAGACGACCUGCCUUUCCACCUGUGGGCCUGUGGUUCUGCCAGCAGUGGUGGCAGGCCUGGUGCAGCAGCAGUGGCAGGACCGGCAGCCGAGCAGCAGCAGCAGCAGCGGGGGCAGUGCAGCCGGGUGAACCCCGCAGCGGCCGAGGCGGGGCUGCUGGGCCCGCUGCCCACAGACCUCGCCUCUGUCUAUUCCGCAGCUGGUGGCGCGGCGACAGCGGCGCUAGCUUGCUGGGAGGCGCUCGGCGCGGUGCGCUGCGCUGCGCUGGCGCCGGCGUGCAGCGGCCGCCACGACGCCAGGUCAGCGCUGCCGUUCGGCAUGGGAGAGGAGCAGGCGGUGCAGCGGCUGCGGUACUAUUUGGGCCUGGAGGAAAGCGAUGGGCACAGCGUGCGCAGCGUGGACCAGGAGGCGCCCAUCGCAACAUACCGGGAGACCCGCAUGCAGCCGUUUGGCGUGGACAGUAGCGCCAAGCUCUCCGCCUUCCUGUCCCUGGGCUGCCUCUCCCCGCGCACGGCACAUGCAGAGGUGGCACGCCUGGCAGUGCUGGAGCAGCAGCAGCAGCAGCAGCAGCGGCGGCGGAGGGGACAGGCAUCCAGCGGCGACGCAGCCGCGACCGCAGCUGUGGCAGCUGCAGCCGGUGAGGCGGCGGCGGCGUGGCGGGAGCCGCAGGCGGGCGACACCUGGCGCUGGCUGCUCAUGCACCUGGCCAUUCGGGACUUCUUUGUGUUCACUGCUGUCAAGGAGGGAGAUGCUCUGGAGGCGCCGGGCGGCAUCAGGGGCAGGGCGGUGGAGUGGCGGCGGGACGACGAACUGUUCCGCCGCUGGGCCCAGGGCCAGACGGGCCUGCCAUUUGUGGAUGCGUGCAUGCGCGAGCUGGGCGCCACGGGCUUCAUGAGCAACAGGGGGCGCCAAAACGAGCUGUGCCUGGACUGGCGGCUAGGGCUGCGCUACUUUGAGAGCUGCCUGGCAGAUCAUGAGUGGGCGCUGAACGCCGGCAACUGGGCCUACUGCGCGGGCACCGGCAGCGACCCCCGCGACCGGCGCUUCAAGACUGUGAGCCAGGGGGAGCGGUACGAUCCCGAGGCCCGCCUCAUCCAGGCCUGGGUGCCGCAGCUGGCAGCCCUGCGCCCCGCGCAGCUGGCGCACCAGCCCUGGGCGGCGCCGCCAGCGGCGCUGGCAGCGGCGGGGGUGCGGCUGGGCUGCGAGCCACAGGCUGCGACAGCGGAGGCAGGAACGGAGCGGCAGGAGCAGCAGAAGCAGCAGCAGCUUGGCGGGUGGUACCCGCUGCCAGUUGUCGAUCCUGCCAGCCAGAUAGGCAAGGGCCCCAAGCAGAAGCAGGCAGCCAGGCCCAGGGAGCAGCGGCAGCAGCAGCCGCAGCCGCAGAAGUAG